AAAAGUAACCUUAUUUUUCCUUGUUUAUACUAUACUAAAAGAUAAAAGUAAUCGAAUACCCUCAAUGUAUUCCAAUAAAUUAUAUGAUAUCAGGGAUAUCAGUUGAUAACUUGCAUGUUAUCCUAGCAUACGUUUUCAAGAUAAUUUCAACUUUUUAAGCAUUAAAUAUAAUUAAUUUUUACUUAAAAAUGGUUAUCCGGCAUCAUGUACAAGGUUAUGAAAACUUUUGCAAGUUUAUGGAGGAAUUUAAGGCUGAUGGCCAAUUAAUUCACGUUUAUUUUAGUGGAAAUAAGCUUCCAAAUGGUGAAAGUUGGUGUGAUGAUUGUGUUCGAGCCCUUCCCGUUAUUGAAGCCGGGCUCUCGCAGGCACCAGAAAAUUCCCAUUUUAUUUAUGUUGAAGUGGGCGAUAGACCAAUUUGGAAAGAUCCAAAAUGUCCAUUUCGUACAGAUAAAAAAACGAAUUUAAUGGUUUUACCCACAUUACUAAGAUGGAAUAGCCCUCAAAAACUCCAAGGUGAUCAAUGCGAGAAACCAGAGUUAGUUGAAAUGUUAUUUACUGAUGAAUAAAAUUAAAGGAAGCAAGGAAAAAUAAAUGUUUUAUA